AUGACUGAAAACUCGGAUUUUCGGGCUAACGAGCAUGGCAUUAACUAUGCUUUUAUGCUAGCAUUAUCGGCGCAUUUCUCCAAGAUUGAAGCCCAUUUCCUGGCAGAACCGGCAGAACCUAACCAGACAUUAGAAGAAACUAUCUGGGCACAGGACAUGGCCACCAACUUCCGCCUAGUGAAUGAAUACGGCUUACAGAAGCUUGCAGACUAUUAUUUUCACAAGGAUAUUGAGGAGAACAGCCCUCAAGGCUAUUACAAACUGACAUUUUCGUAUGCUUUGGAGGCUCAAUUAAUAGGAACUCAAGCGGAUCUGUCACACACACUUUCGACAGAACAAAUCUUGGCAAAGAUAGAAGAGCCAGCACCUUUCACCGGAGUUCUGCUAUACACAAACCAACUCAGAGAGAAACUUUACGUUAUUUUGAAGAACGCUGCGAAGGUAUUUCUACAAACGCACAAUCUCGAUGAGUCUGCAACACCAAGCGUCUUGACUUCCACUCUUGCAAAUAAGUUUGACUCAUUACGGCAACAAAAAGAUAUAUGCGAGGGGAUAGAUCUUCUGGCAUUAUCCUUACAACUUGAUGCUACUGUGGAUUUUCUUCGUAAAGAGAGUACGGUUGUUUGUCUGGGAGAGGAACUCUUUCCCAUAUUCAAGAUUCUCUUGUUAUCACAAUUGGAAGUCGGGCGUUCUUUGAACAACCAGGGUACAACCGUACGGGACAAAGUCUUAUACCUCCGAGAACUAGGAAACAAUCUCAUGGAGAACUCAUCGUUUCCACAAGCCCUCAAAGUAUACAGUGAAGCUAUUCAUGCAUGUGACUACACUUGUUCCAACAACAUUCCACAGCUCUACACGAAUAGAGCUAUUGCAUUUAUAGGACUCAAUUGUUUUGCUGAGGCUACAUCAGACUUGAAUUUUGCGGUACGCUACGACAGGACAUUCACCCCCGCGUGGGCGCAGUUGGGCUACUGCCACUUAUACCAAGGGUCCGGAUUUCUCGCUUUGAAGUGCUACUAUACAGCGUUGCGGACGAUUUCAGGCGAAAUAUAUCCAGAAAAUUUCCCUCAGAAUACAGAAUUGAAGCAGGAGUAUACCGUGAGCAAAAUGCGGAGUAUCAUGCCACAAUUUGUCCAGAGACUAGUACAGUCCAUCAUCUUAACAGAACGCAGAGCAGAGCAACAGCGAGAACCAUCUCAAGCUAUCCAGGAGGUGUCCACAAAAGUACGUGCUAUCCUUGCGAGACUUCGCUCCGUCGUGGAGCCAGAAGACUUGUCGUACUUAGCUUAUUCGUACGAAAACGAAGUAGAGAAUGUUCGUGCUACUGCAGCUCGAUCCAAUAGAGCACGUCCUAACAUUUUGACCCCUGAUGUGGCGCAGGACCUCAUGGCAAGUUCAAAUAUGGAAGCGUCUGCAGUGACAAUUCUGCCCGCUAUGAAUUUGCGUACACGGACAGCAGGAAACAGAGAUGCAAAUGCCGAGAGUAAUACGCCACCUCCAAAUGGCCCGAGAGGUACUACAGCACGAUCUCUGGAUAACUUGCUAGGCUUUUUCAACAAUUUGGGUGAGAUUUUCAAUGAUGCUGUGCAAGCACAGCAUGACGCACAUGAUACCAAUAGGAGAGAGCCAAACCUGGUGACCAAUUCCGAACAGAAUGCUGAUGCAAGUACAGGAGAAGGUGUUGAAUCGAAUAUGAGGGCUGACUCAACCAGUUUAGAGACAAACUUGCAAAACAAUGAUAUUCGACUGGACACAAGUUCCAACUCGACUGAUAGAAUCCUUCAAAGAAACACAAACCAAGCGGGAGUUACCGAUUCUCGUGCACCCGAACCGGAACAACGAACUUCCGAUUCUGAUUUCCGCAGUACCAUCCGCAAUUUUGUUCCUGGACUUCGGGGUAAUCUCGGAGGACUUUUGAACCAAGCCCUCCGCCACCACCAACUGGCUCGGGAUCUAAAUUCGCCUGAUGCUCAAAGAGGCGUAUCUGAACAAAGAGUGCAUCGUAGUUUCUCGCCCCGCAUUAUACGCAUUGACCGUAGCGGGAAUUCUGAGGUUAUCAGCAGUCCUACUGGUGUACGAACGCAAGUGAGCACCAGGGGUGUCAGGUUGCCAGAAGAAGAAUCCAACUCGGGCCGUUCAGAUUCUACCCGUGCGCCUGGACUCGGUUCGGAAGAUCCGAACCCACGGCCUGACCUGGAUAUGAGUGACGCAACUGAAGAACACUAA